AUGGCCGCUGAGUCUGGGGAGACUGGCCAGACGGGGCCAAUUUCCGUGUCGUUGCCGGUCAACAUGGCCAUCGCGGGCCUCUUCGCCAUAGCGUGCUACAAUUGUCUCGAGAUCCUCAUCUCGCUACUGAGUCGCUUCAAACGUCACGAUGGGCUCUAUUUCUGGAGCAUGAUGGUAGCGACUCUGGGCAUCUUGCUGCACAGUAUCGUUGUCAUGUUGAGGUACUACAGCUUGGGGCCCAAUUUCUUGCUCUGCGUUUUGACCUGUGUGGGCUGGUAUGGUAUGGUCACCGGUCAAUCUGUCGUGCUGUAUUCUCGACUACAUCUCAUCGUUGAGGAUAAGUCCAAGACGCGUUGGGUUUUAUACAUGAUCGUCAUCAACUUCUUCAUACUGCAUGUUCCGACGACCGUCCUCUUCCUCGGAAGCAACACCAAGCACUCAGCCCGCUACAUCGGCGCCUUCAACGUCUACGAGCGCAUCCAACUCGCCGGCUUCUGCAUCCAAGAAACAAUCAUCUCAGGUCUCUACAUAUGGGAAACGUCGCGGGGCCUCAAACCGAUCUUUGCCGUGCGCAAGAAGAUGGAGCGCAAGAUCAUGCGAUACCUCAUCAUCGUCAACAUCCUCGUCAUCCUCCUCGACAUCAGCCUCAUCGUCACGCAGUACAUGAGCCACUUCAACAUCCAAACAACCUACAAGCCCGUCGUAUACAGCAUCAAACUAAAGAUGGAGUUCGUGGUGCUCAACAAAUUGUUGCUGCUCGUCCAACACAGCGACUGCAAUUGCAUGCACAUCGUCGGCGAACCCGAAACCCCACCGCCAGAUCCUUCAAGCGUCGAAUGUCAAUCAAUCGGACGGAAUUCCUCCACGCGAACAGGGAGCGACGUUCCCAUUCAAAUGAAUGUCGCCCCAAUUCAAAUGAACCACUUUCAAAAGUACAAUACCAACGCAUCGUCACAGUCGGGAGGUCGUCACCAAAAGGCCAGCCCUCUAAACUUUCUCGACUACUGUGAGUAA